AUGGUCCAGUGGUGCAGAGGCCAAGUGCUGCAGUCUCAGAACCAAGCAGCAGCAGCAGCAGCAGGGGCCCCACAGCAAGGCGCUGCUGCUGCUGCUGCUGCCCCGCUGCAGCAAACUGCAGCAGACGAAUCAAGCGUCCUGGGGCCCCCCGCGAAGCGGCUGAGGGCCUCCGAGGGAAGUGUGUCUUCAGACUCUUCAGCAGAUUUAAGCGAUGAUGAUUUCUGA